AUGGCUAUGUUAGCAGGCCCACGUCGUAAGCAAAAAGUAAUUAAUUUACGUGCUAAUAACAAUGCAUGGAGUAAUGACACAAAUAAGUUUGGCCAGCGAAUGUUAGAGAAAAUGGGAUGGAGUGCUGGAAAAGGGUUAGGUGCUAAAGAAAAUGGUAUUGUUGAACACGUCGUGGCCAGGUAUAAAAAUGACGAUAGCGGACUCGGUUUUAAAGACAAAAACGACCAGUGGACGAAACACGAGGAUGAUUUUAAUGCAUUGCUUGCUAACCUAUCAAAUGGAGAUGAUAAUAAAGAAAGCUUACACAGUGGUAUUUCCUUAGAAGUGAAAUCAAAGAAAAGUAAAGCUAGAAUUCAUUAUCAUAAGUUUACCCGAGGUAAAGACAUCUCCCGCUAUAGUGAAAAAGAUUUGGCUAAUAUUUUUGGUAAGAAAAGUUUUAAAGAAACUGAAGAAGAAGAAACCAUAAAAGAAGAUGCUACAACAUCAGAACACAUAUUUACAGAAAAAGGUAAUAUGGAUGAUUAUUUUAAAAAUAAAAUGGCUGCCAUUAAAUCUAAAUUAUUUGAUGUAGAAAAUAAAGUUACACAAGAGGAGGAAAUAUCUGAUUUUGUAUUUCAAGGAUUUUCAAAUACUAAUGAUAAUCAAAGUGAUAAAGAAGAUAAAAAUUACCAAUCUUUUUAUGAUUCUAAAACAAAUAUACUUAGUACAGAUGAAUUACCUCAUUCAGACAUGGAAAUCAAAAAAUCAAUGAAAAAAAAGAAAAAGAAAAAAUCACAAUGCAAGGAUGUUACGGAAGAUAAUAGUCCUUCCUCAGAAUUAUUGCAAUCUAGGGAAAAUGUAGUAAAUAAUGAAAUUUUAACAAAAAAGAAAUCAAAAAAGAAAAAGAAUGAAACCCAAAUGGAAGAAGAAGAAGCGCAAGAACAUAGUAAAUCAAAGAAAAAAAAGAAAGAUAAAAAAGAGCAUAAUUAUGUCCAGGAAGAAAAUAUUGAUUCUUGUGAUGAUUAUGUUCCAAAAAAAAAGAAGAAGCGGAAACAAAAAGAUGUC